AGAGAAAAUGAUUGAUAUGACCGCAUCGAUCGAUUCCUCUUUUCCAUCUCCCUCUGAGAAAAUCAUCUUGAAGUUGAAGCAGAGGGAUUCUCUCGGGCCUCCGCCGUUACUUUAUUUUUGUCCGCCUCAGCAGAUUCCUUACCGAACAACAACUUUCAGCGAUCCGAUCUCUCUCUCUCUACUUUCCCUUCAUUUUCUUUCCAAGCGAAGCAUCUUUUUCUUUUCCUCUUGAACUCCUUCCUUUCCCUCUCUCAUAUUCCUUCUCUCUCUCCCUGUCUAUCUCUCUCUUUCAACCAGCCACUAUAAACUAUGUCGAUUGCCUUGAUCCUCGUUCUCUUUCAUAUCCUACAAAGAAGUCACUCUGUCUCUCUCUGUCUCUCUCUGUCUUUUUCACAUUUUUUGCGCUUCCUUUUGCCCCCGUUGCUCUUCCGGGGAAACUUCCACAUAGCUCUCCGUCCUUAUGGCUCCCUCUGGUGUCAACCACAUAUCUCAGCCCUGUAUUUACGGGGACUUUAUUUCUUCAAACGGGGAGAGAAAGUCUAGCAUUAUGAAAUGGCUGAUUAAGUUUCUCAAGAAUUUUUCCAAUCGAGGAGAGGGUGGAGGUGGUGCCCAUCAUCCUGAGCUCCUUGACGAGGAAAACCUGAUUUGGCGUGCACCCCCUAGAUCCUUGAAUGAUCGCUCUGGGGCUCAGAAGGAAAAAGAAGAACAAGAUCAUGCAAAUGCACUUUCCCAGGCUGAAGAUUUGAAGAGACGUAAUGGAUAUGGUCAGCGGACUAACAUUGACGAAGAGCUUGCUAGAGCACUUCAGGGUAGCCUAAAUUCAUCUUCAUAUCCUCCUUAUUCUCCUGUACCAUAUCAUCCGAGGAAAUUUAGGGCAUGUGGUGGUUGCAAACGUGACAUAGGCUAUGGCAAUUAUCUGGGCUGCAUGGGAACAUUUUUCCAUCCGGAAUGCUUCUGCUGUCGUGCUUGUAAUUACCCAAUUACUGAGCAUGAGUUUUCUUUGUCAGGAAGGGAACCUUAUCACAAGUCUUGUUUUAAAGAGCUGACCCAUCCCAAAUGUGAAGUUUGCCACCAAUUUAUCCCAACAAAUGCUGCUGGUUUGAUCGAGUAUAGGUGCCAUCCAUUUUGGUCUCAAAAAUAUUGUCCAUCACAUGAGCAUGAUAACACAGCUCGUUGCUGUAGUUGUGAACGUCUAGAGUCUUGGAACACAAGAUACUACUCUCUGGAAGAUGGGCGACGUUUAUGCUUAGAGUGCAUGGAAUCUGCUAUCAUGGAUACUGGUGAUUGUCAACCCCUUUACCAUGCCAUAAGAGAUUAUUAUGAAGGACUGAACAUGAAAUUAGAUCAGCAAAUUCCAAUGCUUCUGGUUGAAAGACAAGCACUUAAUGAAGCCAUUGUUGGGGAGAAGAAUGGCUUUCAUCACAUGCCUGAGACAAGGGGUUUAUGUCUUUCCGAAGAGCAGACAGUCACCAGUAUACACAAAAGGCUGAGAUUUGGCGUCCACCGACAGGUAGGAAUGAAAACCCAACACCAAAAACUGACUCGAAAAUGUGAAGUUACAGCCAUUCUUGUUCUCUAUGGUCUUCCAAGAUUACUCACAGGUGCUAUUCUUGCCCAUGAGUUGAUGCAUGGCUGGUUACGCCUCAGAGGCUACCGGAAUCUUGACCCUGAGGUAGAGGAAGGUAUCUGUCAGUUGCUGUCAUACAUGUGGCUUGAGUCAGAAGUGAUGCCAAGGUCUAAUGCCAUGCCAUCUACAUCAGCAGCUUCGUCCUCUUACUCAUCAUCAUCAUCAAAGAAAGGUGGAAAGUCCAUUGUCGAAAAUAAACUGGGUGACUUUUUCAUGCAUCAAAUCGCCAACGAUACUUCCCCGGCAUAUGGAGGAGGAUAUAGGGCUGCUAAUGCAGCUGUCGAUAAGUAUGGUUUACGUUCUACACUGGAACACAUUCGACUCACCGGGAAUUUUCCAUUGUAACAGGAAGAGAUAUGUUCUCAGUGGCUGUAUCCCCUCUCCGUUGUAUGCCUAUUAAAGGUAGCAACAUGCUCUAAAGAAUUAAGCUCAUAAGUUUGAACAGCAUGCCCCUUCAAUUUUUAAGGGGGAACCGUGUCCAAAAUGUCUCAGGCCUAAUAAUAUGCACCUUUUACCGGA